GACGUUGUCGGGUAGUCAGGGAAUGACUUGUCAGGGGAAAUUGUAAUUAUGAAUUUGAGAAUUCAUUCCCGUAUCUCUUUGUAUCUCUGUGUCUUCAGAACAGGCCUCGGCCCACGCAGCUGUUGAUAAAAAAUGUUAAAUUCUUAUUUUGCUCGACCAUCAAACGAUGCCAAAAAGUUUAAAUUAGUUAAAGAACUUCAUUAACUGAACCGUCGAAAGAGAUUGACGUCCGCGGCCAACAGCCAACAGCCAGCCGGCAGAUAGCAGCCAGCAGCGAGCAGCGAGCAAGCACAGCGAAAAACCCAAGUUGUGGAAAAUUAUGAAAAUUAUAAUUACCGGCUUAAGACGGGUCGGCUGGCAAGUGCCUGAGCCUCGGCCUGGACCCAAAGACUCAAAGCCAACAGCCAACUUCCAGAUAUUAUCGGCAAAGCCAGUAGCUGUUUAUUUUCCACGGCAUUUCAACACAGUGGCAGCUGCUGUGAUGCUCCCUCUGUGAUGCUGCUGUGGAGCAUCGACUGAGAGUCUGUUUUAUGGCCUGUCGCAGCCAACACAAAUCAAUUAGAUAAUGUGGCAGUGGCAGUGGCGGUGGCAGCAGCAGCAGCAUUCGCAAUCGCGAUCGGUCCAUGCAUAUUUAUAGAUGUCGCAGAGUGCAUUUAAAUCAAAAAUAGGCAAGUCAGACGAUCAUGGAUCAGGUCUAGGCCUAAGCCAGGGAAGACGCAUGCAUAUUUAAACGGUCGAGGCAUUUUAAUGACUAUCGAAUGGCAUCGAAAUCAACGGCAAGGUCACACCGAAACCAGGCGAUCCCCUCAUUUUGUGUUGUGGGAGGGGGAUGAGUGUCAAACGUCCCAAUGCAUCGAUUUCUCUCCCUCUCUCAAUGUUUCGUUUGUGGCUAUAAAAGCGAGACUUUGUUGAACUUUGAGCAUUAGUUCCUCUUGUCACCUCCAAGACCAAGCCACCAGCCCAGCCACAAUGCGCGUCUUCAUUCUUCUCUGCCUUUUUGCAGCCAGCUGCAGUGCCGAUAAGCUGGGGUACAACUACCAGCCCGUGGCCCAUGCAGAUGAGGGCCUCUCCUUCCUCCCGGGCAGCGGACAGAUACCCGUCGAGAUCCAGCAGCAGCUGCAGCAGGUGCAGAGCGGAGAGGCAGUGCUCUCACAGCCCAUCGAGGCCCCCAUCAUUCCCCAGGCUGUGCCUCUGGUCGAGGAGUUCCAGAAGGAGUUCUACAGCUACGCGGCGCCCGAGGAGCAGUUCGAUGAGGGUGUAAACAACCAGCAGAUCGCCAGUUCGCUGAAGAAGAACCUGCGCGUCGUAUUCAUCCGGACACCCGAGAACCAGGGCUUCGAGCGUGCCGCCCUGCAGUUGGCCAAGCAGUCAGCCCAACAGGAGACUGCCAUCUAUGUGCUGAGCAAACAGGCUGACGUUGCCAACCUGGCCAAGCAGCUGAAUGCCCUUAAGUCGACUUCCAGCAACAAGCCCGAGGUGCACUUUGUCAAGUACCGCACUCCCGAGGAUGCGGCCAACGCCCAGCUUGCCAUCCAGAACCAGUACAACCAGCUGCCAGGCGUGUCCCGCAUCUCCAAUGAGGGUCGAGCUCCAGUGUUGAACUUUGCCUCGCCAGCGUCCCAGUCGAUCCCCGCCAGUGUAUCGCGCUCUCCCAGCUCUGAGUACCUGCCCGCCAAUGUGGUGGCUGGCCAGGAUUAUCUGCCACCUACUCUGCGUCGCUUCCGCGUCAAGUAAGCACCGAAUACGAAUAGAGGUCCACCACGGUAACGUUUCCUAAACGACCACAUCGAAAAUUACUUCCCCCAUCAUAUUGCAACAAAUUAGCUUUUAAGUAUCCAUACGAGUGUCUAGGAAUAAAAUUUGUUAACUGACGAA